GCUGGCUUUGGAAGGAGGGGCAUAGACUGGGAUAGAGACUUUCAAGUAACGUAUUCAUAUGUAGUAACUGUAUGCAUCGUCUCCUGCCAUGUCUCCCAGGAUGGUGAUGAUGACCUCUUCUCAGAGCUGCCUGAUGUCUGCUGCACUAUGAGGAGGAAAGAGUUUGCUAUGGGAUGGACAAGGAAGAAGAGAACAAAUAUGUGUCCCAGCUACAAGAGGUCUUCUCCAGCUGUGACACAACAGGCACGGGUUACCUGGACAAAGACGAGCUGACAGAUCUGUGUCACAAGCUCCAUCUGAAUGCACAGCUCCCAUUACUCCUGCAAACACUACUGGGCAACGAUCACUUUGCCAGGGUUAACUUUGAGGAGUUUAAAGAAGGGUUUGUAGCUGUGCUUUCUUCAUCUAUUGACAUCAGCAUAUCCGAGGAUGAUGAUGAUGAAAGCAGUUAUUUGGAGCCAGUCAUUCCAGAUGAAGUCAAACCAAAGUUUGUAAAAGGUACCAAGAAAUAUGGCCGACGCACUCAACCUGAGCGUGAAGCUGCAGAAAAUGAGGCCAACAAGAAUCUGCAAGAACCGCAUCAAGGCAAGAAUAAGAAGAAAAGCUCUCUGAGGAGGUCCUCUUCACUGGAGAGUGUGGAGAGUCUGAAGUCGGAUGAAGAAGCAGAAAUAGUGAAGGAGCCUGAGAUUGAGAACUUUGAAGCAGAAGGGCAGCUAAGGGCAUGGAACACAGGAAUAUAUGACAGUCCAAGAAGAGCUUCUGAUAUGACUGAAAACCAGGUGCGGGACAUCUGGGAGGAGCUCGGUAUUGGACACAAUGGAUACCUCAAUCGACAGGAACUUGCCACUGUAUGUAAGAAUAUAGGACUUGAAGAUCUCAGCAAAGAGGAACUUGAAGACCUGUUCAACAAGCUGGAUAGAGAUGCAGAUGGCAGAGUAAGCUUUCAAGAGUUUCAAUUGGGCUUGUUUAGUCACACUCCUAUUGCUUCCACACCACUAAAGCAUCGACGUUCAUGGGCACUUUACCAGGCAGAAGACAUUAGCCUUAAAACGCCAUCCUUGCUGUCUGGAUUUGGGGGCCUCCAUGUUUUCUCAAGCAUUGAUGAUGGGGCUGGCUUUGGAAACCCAGAACAGAUCAUGUUCAUCUGGGAAGAGGAGGGGGUUGAGGAUGGAAAAGAAAUACUUCUGAGCUUGGAUUUUAGUCUGGAGCAGCGAGUGAACCUCAUGGAGCUUACUACCGCUUUAGACAAUGAGUUGAUUGCGACGAAGAGCAGAAUUCAUUUGGCAGCAUUGGCAUCUUACAAGCAUGAGCUGACCCAUCAGCAUAUCCAAGCUGAACAGAUUAGUAAAGAGCGAGAUAAAGCCAAACAGGACCUGGUGAGAGCAGAGAGGAGGAACUCACUGCUGGUUGAUGAGGUUGAUGACCACAACUCUGCUAUGGAGAGUCUCAAUGAGAGCAAAAUUAAGGAUUUGGAACAAGAGUACAGACAGCGCUUGUCUUCUAUGCGAUCAGAGUUGGAGAAUGAGAAGGAGCAAUUUCUACACCAGACUGACCAGCAAAAGAAAAAGCUGGAGACAGAUUUGGCUAAUUACCAGGUGGAACAGGCCUAUCUCAGACACAAACUGGAUUUAUCUGUAAAGGAGAACAGCAGGUUACAGAAAGAACUGGUGGAGGUUGUGGGAAAGCUAUCUGAAUCAGAAAGUCAAGUGGUAAAACUGCAGACCAGCCUAGAUCAAAUUCUGCAAGACAAGAAACUGACAGAUCCUCAUAAUACAGAGUUUUACACACAGGAGGAGAAAUUUGCAGAGAUCAUUCGGGAAUAUGAAGUACAGUGCAUGGAACUGCGUGAUCGGAAUGAUGAACUGCAGAUCCAGCUUGAAACCCUCCAAUCCCAGCACAGCGAGAGUAAAUAUACACGCUUACUGGCUAAGAUAAAGGAUAACAAGUUACUGCACCACAAGACAAAAGAAAAGAUCCACCACAGCCAUAGUAAUGCUGAUACGCCUGCAAAAAAGGGACUGACCUCAAGGUUGAGAAGAAGCGUGUCUGCUGCAGGCUUCAAUGGCUUGUCACCUGUCAUGUCAGGAGCUCCUUCUAUGACCAUGGAGGCUGAGUUGACAAAGCAUCAAGUGAAAGAACUGCAGCAAGAAAUUGAAGAUCUCAAAAUACAACUUGAAACAAAGGUCAACUAUUAUGAAAGGGAAGUGGAACUGAUGAAAGUUAACUUUGAAAAAGAAAGGAAAGACACAGAGCAGAGCUUCAAGCUGGAAAUCAGUGAACUUGAGGAGCAGAAGGCUGAUCUUGAGGAACUCCAUGCAAAAUAUCAAGAGGCGAUAGAUGGCUUGAAAGAACAGCUACCCAAAACUGCUCAGCUCCAGCAAAUGGAGAAGAGGUUUGAGAAAGAGAGAACUGCCAUGGAAGAAUAUUAUGCAAAGGAAGUGUCUGCACUGGGCCAGCGACUAUCCAGGGAGAAGGAGCAGCUAGAGGAAGAUCUAAAGAGGAGCCACCAGCAUGAAGUUCAGUCAAUGAGGAUGGAACUGACUAGGCUUUCUGAAGAUAACACAUUCCUCAGGACCAAGGCUGACCGGCUCCAACAAGAUCUCAGUAAAAUGGAUGACACCAACAAGCAAUACAGAACUCAACUUGAGGAUUUGAGGAAAGAAAGAGAGUGCCUCCAGGACAAACUGGAACAAUUAAACAAAAAGUACCAGGACUACCAGAUUGAGUUCUCACAAUCAAAUGUACAGCAUGAGGAGACAGUUCUUCAUCUUAACACCAAGCUUCAGGAGGUCACUGAACAGCAGGAUAAAGCUAACGUUGUCCUAGAGCAACUGCAGGGAAUGAUUACUGCUCUGGAGACUGAGAAACAUGAACAGCAAAUGGUCUGGAAAAGAGAAAGAGACGAUUUAGAACAAGAACUGCAGAAAAUAAAGCAAGAGAAUGAGAAAUACUGGGAUGAACUUUGCCAGAUGAACACACAGAGCCUUCAGUUGACAAGCACCUUAUCUGAUCUCACUGCACAGAGAGAGGAGAGCUAUGGCACCGUACAGCAAAUGAAUGGUAGACUCAGAGAGUCGAUUGAAGAAAAGCAUCAAGCAUCUGCACUUGUAGAGCAGCUCCAGGGAAAGCUUAUAGAGCUAAAGAGAGAGAACCUUCAGACUGAGGCUGUAUGGCAGAGGGAUAAAGAACAGCUUGAAAGUGACUUGCAAAUGUGCAAACAGGAGAAUCUUCAGACCCAUAAUGAGUUAUGUCAGCUGACCAGCGCGGUGUCUCAACUAAAGAUUCAGAACAAGGAUGGCCAGGAGAACAUUCAGCACUUUGAAAGUAGGCUGAAAGAGGUCUCCAAGCAGAAGGAAGAGGCCACAGCAACCACAGAGAGAGUUCAAAGCCAGCUUCAUUUAUUAGAGAGAGAGAAGACUGAUUGGUGCCAGGCUAGAGAACAACUGGAACAAGAUCUGCAACUAUCUAAAGCUAAGAUUGAAGCUCUGUUUCUUCAACACAAGCAGGAAAAACAAGAUCUUCUAAAUGGGUUAGAUAAGAGCAACAAACAGCUCUUGGUUGUGGCUGCACUUCAAGAAGAAGUAUCAUCUUUAAAGCAUAUAAAGCAGUCUCUGGAAGAAGAGUGUCAGUCUGUUACCAGAUUACUGAAAGAAGCCACAGACAAGGUGAGUCAAACAGAAGGGCUGAAGGUUGAAUUAAAAGAAGCUCAGGAGGAAUGUCAGACUCUAAGGAGAACCCAGGAUCAAUUAAGAGCAGAAAUGGAGGCGUCUCAGGAUCAGCUACUGGAAGCCAACAGCAAGCUGACCCUUGCACAGUCACAACAAAUGCGGGAAGUCCAGCAAUGGAAGGAGAAGGUGAGCAGUUCUGUCCCUAAGGAACAGCUGUCACAUCUGCAGAGCAGACUGUUGGAAGAGCAGCAGAAGGUCCAGCAGCUCCAAGAGCGAUUGAGGUUUCAUGCAGAGCAGACCAAUCGACAACUGGCAAUGCAACAGGAGGAACAUGAGAGGCUGCUGCGGAGGAUGGAGGAACGGAUGCAGGAGGUAGAAAUUAAUCUAAAGAAUGUGCGCAUCAUGCUGCGGGAAAAAGUGGACCAGCUAAAGGAACAGCUGGAGAAGAAUGCAAAAUCGGAUUUCUUGCUGAAGGAUCUAUAUGUGGAAAAUGCCCAUCUGAUGAAGGCUCUGCAGGUGACAGAGCAGAGACAGAAGAGUGCAGAGAAGAAGAACCAUGUCCUGGAGGAUAAGAUUGCAGCACUGAACAAAGUUGUUAGAAAAAUUGCACCUGCCUCUCUGGCAGUCUAAUGCUGGAUUUGCACUGAGAGACUGACAGGAACUGAACGUUUAGCAGUCAGUGAGUCAGUGUCACUUCAUCCCCAGCCUUUGUCAGCAUAAGGGAUCUCAGGAUGGCUUUUACAGCAGCACCUUAAGUGCCCAGAGACAUGAGAUGACUGUG